AUGGUUAACGGAUCAAACAGAAGACAAUUCAAGCAAACUUUGGAUAAGUUUUCUACCUUAUUUCAAAAGAAUGAAAGUAACGUUUCAACCCAUGUCUUGAAGGAAUCUUCAACCAAAGUGUCCAUUUCUAAAAUCAAGUCCUUUUUUAAAAAUAGUACUAAGGAAAACACUACUAGAAGUGAUCCAACUCCGGUUAAACAUGUGCGUUUUGUAUUCUUUCCUGAAACAGCCGCUGCCUCUUCAAAUGUUGAGACUUUCCAAAGUACUCAGCCAAAAGAAAAAAUUGUCAGUAAGAGACCUUUGAAGUCCUGUUUCAAAACUACAAAGACAGAUUCUCACUUCUCUGUUGCUGAACAGCAACAGCCUGGGAGGAAAAGAAAAAUUGUUUUGAAUAAAAUCCAAACUUUUUUCAAUGAAAAGAUUGUUCCAGUGUUCAAGCCUUCUGAGAAGAAGGAAAAUGUUGUUACUGAAUUAGAACAGAGAUUAUACCAAAAGUCCUCUAAAACUUUUGAGGUAGAAAAUCAAUUAGAACAUAUUGAAAGACUAUCAAAUGAGAUAAAAUCAGUGGAACAACAACAAAUUCAAAGAAAACAACAAUUUGAACUAGAAUUUAAUGUCUGGCAACCUAAAAAUAUGGAGAAAAAGAGGCAAGAAUAUGAGCUAAAUGAAAUAGAUUUACACUUCAAAAAAAUUGAAAGAGAUGGACAGCUACAAAUAUUACGAGAUUUAAUAUCGCAAUUAAGAUUCUUCGAAGAAGAAGUAUAUAAACUACAGAGCCAAGAAUCAGCAAUGUUAGCUCAAAAGAAAAAGGAAGCUAUGCAGAAAUGCAAACAAAAAAGAUUACAAGAGCAUCAAAAAUUAGAACAAAUAAAACAGACAGAAUUAUAUGCUUGGCAAUUAAAUCAAGUUAGAAAGAAGAUAAAUCGCCAAAGAGAGAACUGCAAUCUUAAUAACUGUCUAUUUCCAGUAAACCCUUGGAAAGUGAGAGAAGAAUUAAAGCGUGAACAUGAAGAUCAAUACAGAUCAUGGCACAUUAGGUAUAUAGACUUACAAGAGAGAAGGUCUAGAAUACCACGAAGCAUUAAUCAAAAUAGAAGGGAGGAUAUGUCAAAUAUACCUCCACAUAAAGUAAAUCAGACAAGCAGUUAUAAAAAAGAACAAUGUUUGUUAUUAAGAGAGCUUGAAGAAAUGAAAUAUAGACAAAAACAAGAAGAAAUAGAAUUACAAAAAGAAACUAUUGAUUACAUCAGAGCAUAUUGGGACACUAAGAGAAAACAGCUAGGGAUGGCAAUUCAGGAAAGUGAAAUUACUAGACAAUUGAGCAUAUUUAGUAGAAGGCUUGGAACAAAUACGAUCAACCUUUACCAUAAAUUAAUCUAG